UAAAUGUUAUUCAUAUAUUUUUAUUGUUAAUAAUUAAUGACUUAAUCGAAUUAUAAAUUAAACAGUGAGUCGAAAAAUUAGGGUGUAAAUUUCGAUUGAGCAUAAAGACCUCCAGGUUAAUUUUCAUUACACAUUGCAUUUCCGUGCUAGAUAAAAUAUACGUGUUUAACAUAUUGAUAAUAUACAUUUAAAAAAAAAGUUGAGGAUAAUUUUUUUUUUUUAAUUAUUGUAUUUGCUAUUUGUCAUGACGUUUAAAAGUGAAAUCGAGGCUGAUUAAAAAAUAACAAGCAAAAGAAAUUUAAAAAAAAAUUUUAAUAAAUAAGGGGCUUGAUGAAAAAAGAGGAGGAAAUAAUCAACAAGUAAGAAGGUCAUUUUAAAAAAAAUCAUUGAACAGUAUAGUCUUGUUGUUUUCUUGUGUUACAUCUUGAAAAAUUGCAAAAUAAAAAUUCGAAAAAAAUUAUACUAAAAAUUCAAUUUACAAAUAAAUAUGAUAAAUUUUUUCUAAUUUUGCAUAAACAAAAUCUAUUUUAUCAAUUAAAAGUUUAAUUUAACUAUUUCAUAUUCAUUAGCAAGUUUUAAUUAUACAUAAAAUUUAUAAAUAAAGUUUUAAAAAAAUUAAAAUUUGCUUUAAUUUAAAUUUAAAAUUUCCCGGUAUUUUUAAUUCUAGAAAAAAAAUUAGAUAACAAUUAAGUAAUACCUGAAUAAUGAAAGGUAAACGUCACAUGACUUCUGUUGAAUAUGAUAACGAUAAUAAUGAUCAUCAUCAAGAUGUACAUGAUCGGUCAUUGACACCACAUCAACGCCAUAUUAUCAAACAAACAAAACUAACCUCAAAUUUAUUUGGGUGUGUCUGUUGUUGUUGUGUUUUUUUAACAUUUAUUUGUUUUAUAACAAUAAGUUUACUUGUUGUUUUUCAUUCAAGGGGAGCAACAGCCACUUCUCUAAAAGAAUUUAAUUCAGAAGGAUUUAAUAAAAUGUCAAAUAAAGGAGCUCCAGAAACGACAUUUCGUUUGUCAAAAGAAGUUAUACCUCUUCAUUAUGAUCUUUAUCUUUAUCCAAAUCUUGAUACUGGAAAAUUUCAAGGAAAUGUAACAAUACUUGUUGAAAUAUUAGAACAACGUAAUUACAUUGCAUUACAUCAAAAAGAUUUAAAAGUAACAUCAGCAAUAUUAAAAACUCGUGAUAUUGAAGAUAGCUAUGAUAUAAAUGUCAAAGAAAUAUUAAUGAUUGAUAAAUAUGAAGAACUUGUUAUAUCAUUUAAUAAUGAUAUUAAAAUUGGUAUAUAUUUAUUAACACUUGAAUUUAAUGGUACAAUGGAACCAGAUAAAAUAGUUGGUUUUUAUUCAAGUAAAUAUAAAGAUGAAAAUAAUAAAAUACGUAAAAUAGCAACAUCAAAAUUUGAGCCAACAUAUGCUAGACGUGGUUUUCCAUGUUUUGAUGAACCAUCAUUUAAAGCUGAAUUUACAAUUAAACUUGUACAUCCAAGUGGUGAUUGUUAUUCUGCAUUAUCAAGUAUGAAUAUUGAAAGUACACUUGUUGAUAAACCACAUAAAGGUUUAACAACAGUUACAUUUGCUAGAAGUGUACCAAUGUCAACAUAUUUAAUAUGUUUUAUUGUUAGUGAUUUUGUUUCUGUUACUGGUAAAGCUAAAAAACUUGAUGAUAUUAAUACAUUUCCUUUAAGUGUUUAUACAACAAGACAACAUCGUGAUAAAGCAUUAUUUUCACUUGAUGUUGGAAUUAAAAUAAUUCAAUGGUAUACAAAUAUAUUUAAAAUUGAUUAUCCAUUACCAAAACUUGAUAUGGCUGCAAUACCAGAUUUUGUAUCUGGUGCUAUGGAAAAUUGGGGUUUAAUAACAUACAGAGAAGCUAGAUUAUUAUAUGAUGAAAAUACAAGUUCAACUGCUGAUAAAGAAAGUGUUGUACAAGUUAUUGCACAUGAAUUUGCACAUAUGUGGUUUGGUAAUUUAGUUACAAUGAAAUGGUGGAAUGAUUUAUGGUUAAAUGAAGGUUUUGCUAGUUAUAUGCAAUAUAAAAGUGCAAAUGCAAUAAUGCCUGAUUGGGGUGUUAUGGAUAGAUUUUUACCAGAAACAUUACAUGGUGUAUUAAUAACUGAUUCAAAAAUAAGCUCACAUCCAAUUGUACAAAGUGUCAAUAAUCCAGAUGAAAUAACAGCAAUAUUUGAUUCAAUAACAUACAGUAAAGGUGCAUCUGUAUUACGUAUGUUAAAUAAUUUUAUUGGUAAUGAAAUAUUUAAUAAUGGUAUUACAAAAUAUCUCAAUAAAUAUGCAUAUAAAAAUGCUGAAACAUCUGAUUUAUUUAGUAUAUUACAAAAUGAACCAAAUGUACGUGUAAAUAUAACAUCAAUUAUGGAUACAUGGACAAGACAAAUGGGUUAUCCAGUUGUUAAUAUUAAAAAAAUUAAUUCAACACAUUAUACAUUAAAACAAAAAAGAUUUUUAGCUGAUUCAGAAGCUAAAUAUGAUGCAAAUGAAUCUGAUUAUGGUUAUAAAUGGACAAUACCAAUAACAUAUAUUACUGAUAAAAUUUCUGAUCCAACAUUAAUAUGGUUUGAUAAAGAUUCUGAUAAAAUUGAUGUUAUAUUAAAUGAACCAGCUGAAUGGAUUAAAUUUAAUUGUGAUCAAAUUGGUUAUUAUAGAGUUAAUUAUGAUGAUAAAGAAUGGGAAAAAUUAUUUGAUGUAUUACAAUGGCAUCAUAAAAGAUUAUCAAUAUCAGAUAGAACAAAUAUUAUUGAAGAUGCAUUUAGUCUUGCUCAAGCAUCAGAAUUAGAUUAUACAAUUGCUAUGAAAAUGACAUCAUAUCUUGGUAAAGAACAUAGUUCAGUACCAUGGAGAGUUGCUGCUGCUAAAUUAUUAACAAUUGAUGAUUUAUUAUUAUCAACAAAUGUAUCAAUAAAAUAUCGUCAAUAUAUACGUAAACUUGUUGAAAUUCCAUAUCAUGAUGUUACAUGGCAAAUUGAUAAUUAUGAGGAUCAUGAUACAUUAAGAUUAAGAUCAACAAUAUUAAAUUUAGCAUGUGCUGUUGGACAUACUGAGUGUCUUGAUGAAGCUGGUGCAAUGUUUAAAGCAUGGAUUGAAGAUCCAAGAGAUACUAGACCACAUCCAGAUAUAAGAAGUUUUAUUUAUAAAUAUGGUAUGAGUCAUGUUGGUAAAGAAACUGAAUGGAAUGCAUUAUUAGAAAAAUUUAUUAAUGAAAAUAGUGCUACUGAAAAACUUAAAUUAUCUGAUGGUCUUGCUGGUGUACAAUCAACAUUUUUACUAAACAAAUUUAUUGGUAUUGCUGUUGAUGAAAAAUAUGUCAGAUCACAAGAUACAUUUGGCUGUCUUUUAAAAAUAGCUAGAAAUCCAAUUGGUACACCAUUAGUAUGGGAUUGGGUACGUGAAAAUUGGGAAUUUCUUGUUAAAAGAUAUACUCUUAAUGAUCGUUACUUGGGACAAUUAGUACCAGGUAUAACAUCAAAAUUUGCUACUGAAUUAAAACUCAAUGAAGUCAAAGAAUUUUUCAAUAAAUAUCCAGAAGCUGGUGCUGGUAAAUCAUAUCGCAUAAUGGCACUUGAAACAAUAUCAAAUAAUAUCAAGUGGGUCAAAAAAAAUAGUGAUAAACUUGAAAAAUGGCUUGAUGCCAAUUUAAAUUAAAUUUUUCUUUUUUUUCUUUAAAUCGUAAUGUCAUGUAAUCAAUUAAAUAAUAAUAAAAAAACAAAAAAAAAUACAUCAUAAAAUAAAUUCUCAAAUAAAUAAAAUAAAGUCUGAUAAAAGUUUUUAAAAAAUUUCUAUUAAAAUAGAGUAAAUAGUAAAAUAUAUAUUAAAAGUAAAAAAUUUCGAAAAAUUUUAAUAAAUUAUAAUAAAUUCUAAAUAGACCAGCAAUAAAAAGCAUUUAAAUUUUUUAUUUUCAAUAAUAAAACAAUUGAUUAUGAAAAAUAAAAAAAAAUAAAAAAUUUAUCAUUGUUAUAAAUUGUCAUGAAUUAUUAAAUAAACAAUAAAUAAAAUUUACAUAAAAAAUAAAAUUUUAAAUUACUAUUAAAUAAGCCUUGCAUAUGAAUGAUUUUGUAUAUUUUUUUUAAUGAUAAUAUUAAUAAUAAUACGUUCAAUAAUAAAUAAAAAAAAAUGUUUAAGUUUAUAAAGUGCAAUGUUUAAAGUAUAUUGAAAAAUUGCAUAGGUGUUUUAUAAUAAACAUCAAGGACAUUUAACUACUAUCAACUGGCAUAGAAAAUAAAUAAUUAAAAUUGUGACA